GGGAGCCUUUCCUAACAAACUUUCCCCAUUUCAUAUUCCAACACUCAAUUCUACCUUCCAAACAAGACUACGCCCCAGAAAAUGAACUGAAACCUCUUCACUUAAAGACCCCAAACUAAUUGGUUUUUAACAAAAAAUAUUUCACAUAAAUAUUUAACCUCCAAAAACUCUGAUUCACCAAAGCAAAGGCCAACCCCAGGAAGUAUCAUGUCUUCCUGUUCUUGGCCUUGUUCAGCUCUUCCUAGAGCAAUUCAUAUUGCCUUGGCAAUCAUUUUUGUAGUCUGUGUCUCCUUUCUGGAUCAUGUCAAUGGAAUGGACGCCAAAACAGUGAUUGACUCUCCUUUAUUGACACAAAAAAUUGGCACCAACCGCACGAUAAAGGUCGAUCUCAAUGGCGAUGGAGACUUCAACUCUGUCCAAGCUGCCAUUGAUUCUGUUCCUGAAGGCAACUCUCAGUGGGUUAUCAUUCAUCUAAGGAAAGGAGUCUACAGAGAAAAGGUGCACAUCCCAAAAAACAAGCCCUAUAUAUUUCUGAGAGGAAACGGGAGAGGAAGAUCAGCCAUUGUAUGGUCCGAAAGCUCUUCUAACAACGUGGCUUCUGCAACUUUUAAGGUCGAAUCCCCCAACUUCAUUGCCUUCGGUGUUAGCUUCAAGAAUGAGGCUCCCACAGGGGUUGCUUAUACCUCACAGAAUCAGUCAGUGGCAGCAUUUGUUGCCGCAGACAAAGUAGCAUUUUACCACUGCGCAUUCUUCAGUACACACAACACCCUCUUUGAUUACAAAGGCAGGCAUUAUUACGAUAACUGUUACAUCCAAGGCUCCAUUGACUUCAUCUUUGGCCGCGGCAGAUCCGUCUUCCAUAGCUGUGAGAUCUUUGUAAUAUCAGAUAAGAGGGUGACGAUUCAUGGAUCAAUCACAGCUCAAAACAGGGGAAGUGCAAAUGAGAAUAGUGGGUUUGUUUUUGUUAAAGGAAAGGUGUAUGGCAUUGGUGGUGUGUAUUUGGGAAGAGCUAAAGGUGCACAUUCCAGAGUGGUUUUUGCACAGACGUACCUCUCUAAGACUAUUGAACCUCAUGGCUGGACCAAUUGGAGCUAUGACGGCACCACAGAGAAUCUAUAUCACGCGGAGUUUGAGUGCCAUGGACCAGGAGCAGAGUCAGAACAGCGUGCUCCAUGGUCCAAACAACUCACUGAGAAAGAAGCUGCCCCUUUCCUAUCUAUAGAUUACAUCAACGGCGAGGAAUGGCUGCCAGUUUGGCUAUGAAGAAUUUCGUCCUAUAUUAUAGCCACUAGAAAGAGAGAGAAACUUUCUUAAAAAAAUGUUGCGGGGGUUACAGAUGACAAGCAUGCAUUAGCUGCUGAUCCCCCAGUUUAAGUUACAUGAUUCAUAUGAUAAUUUUGCAAUUCUAGUGUUGUAAAA